CCACCUGUUAAGUUUUCUCCUCAUUUUCAUCGUCAGUUCAUCACUCACUUCUUUCCCUUUUUCUUCUUUUUCUCUCUGUUAAGGAAAAUCCAUAAACUAUGGCUACUCUCACAAGUUCUUUCGUCUCUACUCGAAACCCUAAGAUCCAAUCAUUUGCAGGUUCUACCUUUGAGCCAAUGGACCAAUGUCUUGUGAAUCUUGCACCUGCUAAAUUGUCUUUCAAUACAAUUCAUCAAAAAAAAGCAAGAAUUUCAACUUCCAAAAGGCCUCUUGUUGUUCGAGCUGCUUAUAGCGGAGAUGGUGGCCGACCUGGCAGUGCAAGUAUUUUUGUUGGUGGCUUUAUAUUGGGAGGAAUAGUAGUUGGAACACUAGGAUGCGUCUAUGCACCACAGAUCAGCAAAGCUCUUGCUGGAGCUGACAAAAAAGAUUUGAUGAGGAAGCUACCAAAGUUUAUAUACGACGAAGAAAAAGCUCUAGAGAAAACAAGGAAAAUACUGACGGAAAAAAUUGCUCAGCUGAACUCGGCCAUUGACGAUGUAUCUUCUCAGCUCCGCACAGAAGACUCCCCUAAUGGAGCUGCCUCUACUUCAGAUGAAAUCGAAGCCGCUGUGUAAGAAGUAUGAUGAUGCAGUGUAGUUUUCUUUUACCCCAUAUACUUCCACAUUAAAAAAAUACUUCAAAUUGUUUUGAUAUUUUGGUAUUUCUGCUUUCUUCAUAGAGAUGGUUGUCAAUCAUUGAUUUUGUCAACCUUAAUUUCUUUUUAAUUAGGCAUGUUAUAUCUGAUGAUGGUAUACCCUGCAUGACCAUCACCAGAUCAACAUUCGUUUUCCAUUCAUAUAGGCAUCCCCCAGCGAUC